AUGGCCGAAGAACCGCAACCGCAAACUAUCCAACAGCGCAUAGCUGCACUGAACCAAUCGCAUGUCGGUCGGCUGCCAGGUAGUGCUCCUGCACGGCCUUUUGCUUCGAGAACCCAAUCCGUGAACAAUCCUCCCCACGAGCUGAACGGAUCCGUGACUGACAGCAAAGAAAUUGGCAACAAGCCUGCUUCCAUUCGCCAGAACGGGCUUCUUCCACCUCCAACAAGAUCCCUAACAGCAUCGAAUACUUCGACGAGAAAUAGUUCCAGACCGCCGCCCCCACCCCUGCCAGCACGCAAGAACUCCGGCCAAUCUGCACCGGCUUUACCACCCCGUCGCCCUUCGGCGCAGUCAGAAAGGAAGACAUCUUCGGAGUCUCUGAGGUCGAAUAUAUCUUACUGCACAACUGCCACAACAUCUACUUCUGGGACGGCGAAUACGCCCGAGAGCAAGAACCGGCUUAUUGCACCAGCAUGGCGAGAAACAGACUUGCCGCCGCUUCCUGUGCGCGACAAUAGCCGGCCAGGCCUCCCUCAACGUCCGAAGUCAUCGACAUCGUCAGAAACAGAGAAAGCCAAAAGAAUAGUCAGGGCGCCCUUGAAGCCUCCGUCACUACCGUCGCGCACGUCUUCAGCUGAACCAUCACGCGGCAGAGACCAGAUUGCGAACCCUUCAUUACCUGCGAGAACAUUGUCUUCUGAACCGAGAAACUUACCACGGCAAUCACUACAAGAGUUCAGCGGCGAGUCGGCUAGACAAACGCUACGAAAGAUACCCCCUGCCCCUUCGGCCGAUGUCCUUGAGAAGGCACGGCAAUCAUCUUUCUCAACUCUAAGCAAGCAUGUUGAAGAGGUUGAAGAAAUCGAAGAGGUCCAACCAGCUCCAACUGUACCACCCGCUGUACCGCGAGCAUCGCGUCCCGAUCUGUCAGCGAUACAGGCAACAAAGCCCAAGCUCAAUGCCAAUCGCGCCGGCUCCUUGUCGACUGCUAGUACAGUCUGCAUGAUAUGUCGAGACUUUUCCGGGCCAGAUAACCACGCAGCGCAGUUCCCUCGCCAGUCCCUCCCUACUAAUGACCUAGCGUGGCUUGCUACGCAACUUACUGCGCCAUUCCAGUCACUGACAGACAAAGCCAGAGCUCUGUUCACUUGGCUUCAUUACAAUAUCAGAUACGAUGUUGAAUCUUUCUUCAAUGACUGCGUACAACCGUCAACUCCUGCAAAGACACUUGCUACAGGCCUUGCGGUUUGUGAGGGGUAUGCUGGUCUAUUUGCCACGCUUGCGACCAAGGCGGGCCUUGAAGCUUUCGUGAUAGGUGGCCACGGUAAAGGGUUCGGUCACUCGCAACUGGCAGCCGGUUCCAGCAUUCCACCAUUUGAAGGGAAUCAUGCAUGGAACGUGGUUAAAAUUGACGGUGGCAAGUGGAAACUGAUCGAUGCUUGUUGGGGUGCAGGAGCCGUACAAGGAAAAGGGAAACCUUACAUCCAGAGGCUCGAUGCAACGCAUUUCACCAAAUCUAAUGAUGAGUUCUUGCUUUCCCAUUACCCGGAGAGAAAGGACCAGUUCUAUACCGACAAUGGUGGCCCUGGCAUGAGCUGGGAGGCCUACAUUCUUCAAGACCACAACAAGCCUUUUGGUAUUGAGCAGCCUACCAUUUUCGUGAGCGGAUACGAGGAAGGCUUCGGAGAUCGUUCAUUCCGCCCGGCUUGCAAGAAAAUUUCUAUCCACCAGGCAGGUCCAAUACGCUUCCAAUUUAACUUCAAGUGCGAACAUUGGACUCUCACCAAACAUAGCAAGAAGACCGCCCCAUUUCUCUAUUUCCUAGACAUUCACGGCAUUGACGGCCGGAAAGAUGAGAAAAUACCUUUUACCUAUCUACGCAGUACUGGGCCAAACGGUGGUGGUGAUCUUUGGUUUGUGGAUGUUGAUGACCCAAGGAUAUUAGGUGCUCCCGGCCAAAACCUGGGGAUUGCUAAUAUCACAAGCUUUGGUUCUCGUGAGGAUGCUCGCGGCUUGUCUCUGCAAGACUACCAAGCCCAAGUAGGGCGCGUUGGUAUGGGUUGGUCUUAUAUAGCACAGUGGGAGCUGACUGCUUGA